CUGGCCCGGGUCCUGGCCUGGCUGAGCGCUUACAUUGAAACUGAAACUUACAUUGAAACUGAAACUUACAUUGAAACUGAAACUUACAUCAGUUGCGCACGAUGGAGUCGGACCUGAAUGUCCUUUGAUUUUGAAAUGUAGUGGAGUGAAAGCAGAGCAAUCAUAACGAUGGCGUGUUCAAGCGUGUCCACUGCGGCAAGCAGCGAAGAGGUGAAGAAAGAACAGAGGCUUAUUGAUGUCAUGUUCCUCUGUGACGAGUGGAAAUCGUCCAAGGGUGGAUUAUCAACUUUCAAUCGAGAAUUUGCUAUGAACUUGGCAGAAACGACAACUGGUAGUAUGAAAAUCCACUGCUACGUUUCGCAAAGCGAUGAUCGAGACAGAGAAGAUGCCAAACAACAUGGUGUCAAUUUGAUCACCGCUGAGGCUGUUCCCGGAUCGCGUGAUUACUUGGAUUGGUUAAAAGUUCCACCUCCCGAGCUUCAGCAUCCACAUGUUGUCAUCGGUCACGGCAGAAAACUUGGAACUCCAGCGUACCAUAUUCAACGAGCUACAAGCUGUAAAUGGAUUCAAUUCGUCCACGUCUUUUGUGAGGACCUCGGGAAAUAUAAGAACACAACCACGGCUGCAACAGAUACGAUCGAAGAGAACGAGGAGAAGCACAAGAUGGAGAUUGAGUUGUGUAGAGCAGCGGAUGCAGUUGUCGCCGUUGGCUCCCGUCUACAAGAGAAGUACUCCAGAAGUCUCCUUAAUGUGAAGGUGGAGAUUAUUACUCCUGGGAUCUUUGGAAAUUUUUCCAAUGAAUCAAAGUUGGCUGUAGACAGAUCAGUGGUUAAGAAGUUUAACUUGUUUAUGUUCGGCCGAGCUACCCUGGAGGAUCUUUCCCUCAAAGGAUACGAUAUUGUCGCAAAUGCUAUAGGUUCUCUUGGUAAGAACUUUCAGCUGACAUUUGUUGGCUCAUCUCCUGGUGAACAUCGAAAAGUUGAGCAAUGGUUUCUUGACAAUACUUGCAUCAACCGCAACCAACUUACCAUCCGUGGAUAUUGCAGUAAACAAGAGGAACUUAAGAUGAUGUUCUGCCAGUCAGACUUGGUUGCUCUGCCAUCCCGCACCGAGGGAUUUGGGUUAGUGUCGGUCGAAGCCAUUUCUGCUGGCGUUCCUAUACUUGUGUCUGAUGAAUCUGGCAUAGCUGAGGCUUUGCAAAAAGUAAAAGGCGGAAAAGCUGUCAUUGUUGGAUCAGAUGAAGAUGCAGAUGAAUGGGCACGAAGGAUUAGAGCGAUCUCUGAGGAAAGCGCAGAAGUGAGGGAAGCCAAUGCCCUGAAGUUUCGGGAGAACUACAGGAAGGCUUUUUCUUGGAGAACAGAAUGUGAGAAAUUUAAAGGAAUGCUUGAGAGACUAAUGCAAAAGGCACCUGCAGAUGAUGAGGUAAAUAUUAUUACUGAGGUGGAAGACCUGAAACCAACUGAAUCCAUUAAUCAGUCCACAACUUCAAUAUCAGAGCCUGUGGCAUGUCAAAGGGCUGAUGACCAGAGAGCAUCUGCUAAAUCAACUUCAAUGGGAGGUGCAUCUCAUACAGGAAAAGAAGAUAUCCAAGCUCUCAAAGAGAGAGCUUUUAGUUUAAUUGUUGUUAACUAUCUUGAAACGACACCACCCCAGUGUAGUGAUGAGCGCAACAAGUUCAUGGAAUACUUAGAAAAAAUGCAACUCAUCAUGAAAGGUUUCCGUUCAGGAAGUUUGGUGAUAACAGUGAAGUGUGAAUCUCUCCAGAUCUUGGAUGAAUUGUGGAAAGAUUAUUCAUCUGGUCAUCUUGGCGAAGUGAUUCAAAAUUGUUUAGUCACCGAAAAGAUCUUGAAGGAACUGAACCUGGUAGAGAUGAAGUUGAAAACAACAUUGGACAAAGAAGAGUACAAUACAUGUAAAGUGUACUUUGAGAGAGUUGGAUGCAGAGAUGCUUUGUCAGCUCAGUCAUACUUCAUAAAUACUGAAGAUGAAGCACAAUUAGAAAGAUGGAAACAGAACACAGAGGUUGUGGAGUCAGAGAAAGGGAAAAGUACUUCACCCAUUCUUGAAAUGUCCUCCAUUGGUGAUGAAAAAGAAGGAGAAGAACUGCAAGAAACUAUAAAAGGCAUUUUUCCUCUCCCUCCAUCUGUUAGCUCUGAUACCAAUGACAAACCAGAAGGCAUAUCCAUGAAACUUCAAGGAACAGAAGAUGGUGUCAACUGGGGCCGUGUAGCUGCAGUCACAGGUGGUGCUGUAGUAACUGGUGCUGCAGCAGUGGUAGCUGCUCCUGGGGUCCUUGGUGCUGCUGGUUUUACUGCUGGAGGUGUUGCUGCUGGCUCCAUAGCGGCGGCUGCGCAGUCUGCAAUUUACGGAGGAUUUACAGGGGGUGUUUUUUCGCUUCUACAGAGUGCAGGGGCUGCUGGCAUAGGACUGGCAGGGAAUGCUGCUAUUGGAGCAGCUGGUGCAUCUGUUGGUGGAGCUUUAUCAGAUUUAGGAGCAAGAUUAUACGGUAGUCGUGUUAAGACCAUAAAGUUAUUGAUUUGUGGUGGAGGGAGUGAUGCGCACGCAUUUGCUGGCAUAGCGUCCUCUCAGAAGGAAACUGAAGUUCGUGUGCUUACUUUAUAUCAAGAUGAAGCAGAGCGUUGGAGCUCUGCAAUGCAGACCCAGGAUCUUGAAAUUAAGGUGCAUCACAAGGGACAGGAGCCAACGUUUAUCAAAUCUAAAUCGGUGUCAAUAACAAAGAACCCAGAUGAAGCCCUGCGAGAUAUUGAUUUCGUAGUCUUUGUCUUGCCUGCGUUUGCCCAUGAAGAUUAUCUGAUUGCCCUUAAACCUUACAUCAACCCUGGAAUGACCUUGAUUGGUUUUCCUGGUGGACCUGGGUUUGAGUUUCAAGUCCAUUAUGCACUGGAUGAGGCUGCGCAGCAGUGUACGAUCCUAAAUUUUGAGUCGUCACCCUGGAUAUGCCGCACCACAGAGUUUGGUGUGAAGUGCGAAGUUCUUGGCACCAAGAAAAUUCUUUUUGGAGCCAUUAAGCGAGGAAGUGAGAAGCCAAAGAAGGACCCAGUUUCCAAUCUACAGUACCUCCUGGGACCGCUCCCAGUAUUGGAUGUCUCAGGUCAUAUGUUGGGCGUUCAGUUAAUGAGUGUCAAUGCCUACCUGCACACCUCAAUAAUGUACGGCCAGUGGAAGGAUUGGGACGGAGAUACAUUGGAUGAGCCGCCUUUGUUCUAUUGUGGCUUGACCGAGGUAGCUGCCACCUUUCUUUCCAGCGUUUCAGAAGAGAUUGUGAAGAUAAAAGAAGCAGUGGAAAUAAAGACUAGAGAAGAAAUGUCAAAGGUUGUGCACAUUCACAUGUGGCACUUGCGUCGUUAUGGCGACGAUAUCGUAGACAGGAGCACUCUUAAAACAGCCAUACAGACCAAUGCUGCCUACCAAACGAUCCAACAUCCAGUCAAGAAGGACAGAGAUGGUAAAUUGAGGCCUGAUUUCACCUGCCGUUACUUGACAGAGGAUGUACCUUAUGGUUUGGUUGUCAUCCGGGGUAUUGCAGAAAUUGUGGGCCUUCACACACCAAAUAUUGACAAUUUACUGAGAUGGUGUCAGCAGAAAAUGGGCAAAGAAUAUCUUGUGAACUCAAAGGUGCAGGGCAAAGAUGUCGCGUCGUCAGGAGCACCUCAGAGAUAUGGGCUGACCACACUUGAAUCCAUAAUGUAACAGAUUGGUUUGACUUGGAAUAGCGAAGUAACUUUGGUUUCAGAUUGACUUCAGUAAAAUAGCCUUCAAAAUUUAUUAAAGAUAUGUUAGAAAUUUAUUUAACUAUCUAAGACUUUGGGUCGGUAAAUUGUAAGAGGUUGUAUGGAACUCUUUUGAUAAAAUUAAGUUAAUCCCCUCGAAAUCAAUAUUAUGUUGUCGGAGACGAAAAAAAGUUCCCUUCUUGAUAUUUAUUGCGAUAUACAAUAUGGUUAAAGAUAAAAUUUUCAGUUGAUAUUGUUAAGGACAAUAAAAUUUAUUUUGUAACCAGCACAAGAUGUUUGCUCUCUAGUUUGUCAAGUAAAGUUGACAAUACACAAACCAGUAAUAAUGCUAGAAAUAAAAUGAAACUUAGUUUUCAAAACUUCAUUUCGUUAACAAAAUUAAAUUUCCAAUUUUCUCUGA